UUUAAUUAUAUUCCUUCGAUUGGUAAAUCAAUUAUAAAACGUUUUAUACAUUAUUCUCGAAGAGAAUUUACCUUUCUUGAUUACACUGUAUUGUUUUCUUCGUAUUUGUUAUCGUCGCGCACGUGUUUGCCCUAAUCAGCUGUGCGAUAAUUUAAAGUAAAAAUUCACAAUUUAUUGAAAUCAAAGCAUAUUUAAUAAAUAAAAAUGACAAAAGUUGCAAAGAAAAAAGAUAAAGGAAAAGGCGCGUCCAAUAAAAAGCUAUCCCGCAAAGAACUCCGGAAGGCGAAGCUACAGGGCAAGAAAGAAAAUAAGCGUUUGUUCUUCUCAAACAAAACUAAUGGUGCUGCACUGGUGGCUGAUGCAAAGGCAGCAGCAGCAAAUGCACAAAAAUCGAAGAAAGGAAAAAAGAAGAAAUCCAAAAAGUCAACCAAAGUUGUUGCACCUGAAGAUAUACCAAUUGAGGAGUUGCUUUCUGGUAAAAUAGAUUCUGAUAAUGAUGAAUCCAUCGCUUCGGAUUUCUCGGAUGAAGAUGUCAAUGCACGCAUACCAGCGAACCUGGCGAAACAAGACAAACCAAUCCAAGAACAGAAGAGAAAGAAAAAGCAACAACCCACACGCCCUGACGCCGAGGAACAACGCCGACGGGUGUUGAAGCAACAAAAAGAUUUGGAGAAUGUGUCGCGAAAACAACGUCUGAAACAACUUAAAAUUGAGAAUGAAGAAGAGGACCGCAUAAUUUCAAAAUUAGAAAAGAAGUUGAAACUCAACAAGACUAAAGACAAAAACCGUUUGGUGCGCAAAAUGUUCAGCGACGGUUUGGAUUACGCCUUGGAGUUCUGUUUGGAUGAUGAAGAGGAGAAGCGUAAACUUGAGCUAAAAGAAAAACGAAAGGAGGAAUUACAAAGGCAGAAUGCUGGAGGGUGGAGUGAUGAGGACGAAUUUGAUGAUGAAGGAGAUGAGGAUUUGAUGGGAGGAGAUUUAGGUGAUGAAGAUAGUCAAAGUGGUGAAGAUGCUGGCGACAGCGAAGGAGAUGGUAGUGUUGAUGAGGAUGAGGAAGAUGGCGAAGAAAAUACCGAGGAGCAAGUAAAAGAAGACAUUUAUGGCAGAAAACGUGAUAAAGACGGCAAUAUCAUCAAAAAUGAUGCUGAAACAAAAGCUGAGGCGCCGCAGUCACAAAAAUAUAUACCGCCCCAUCAACGUGCAUUGCUCGCAGCCACACAGAAUGAUAGCAAACAGUCACAACUGCUGGAACGGUUGCGCAAAAAUUGUAAGGGUUUGUUAAAUCGACUUUCUGAGGCUAAUUUACACAAGAUCGCCAAUGGCAUUGAAGAGUUAUAUAUGAAAAAUUCACGCUACAACAUGAAUGAAACGCUUGGCGCACUGCUACGAGAGGCAUUGCUUGGGCGUACCAUGACGAAUGAACGUAUGGUGCAGGAGCACAUGGUGCUUUUGGCCUAUCUACAUGCACAAGUCGGCAAUGAAAUUGGCGCACACUUUCUACAAAUGUUCAUUGAGCAAUUUGACGCACUUUUAAAGGAUAUUUUCUCAUUGGCCGUCGAAGAUAAGAAACUGAACAAUUUAAUUUUAGUACUCGCAUACAUAUAUAUCUUCAAAAUAUAUGAACACCGUUUGCUGUUGGAAAUAAUUGGACGGUUGUCUGAUAACUUGUGUGAAAAAUCAAUUGAGUGUCUGCUGCUUAUCUUCCAAUCGGUCGGUUUCAAAUUGCGUAAGGACGAUCCGUUGGCUUUUAAAGAAAUGAUGUUAAGUGUGCAGCGCAAAAUUGCGGAAGCUCCCUUGGAAUUGAAAGAGAACUUGCGUCUGAAAUUCAUGGUUGACAUUUUGAAUGCAGUUAAAAAUAAUAAUAUCAAUAAAAUACCACAAUUUGAUCCGGAGCUGGCGGAGAAUCUGCGCAAACGUUUAAAAGCUAUGCUGCGCAAUGACAAAUACGUAACGACACUCAAUAUAACGAUGGAUGAUCUGUUGCGUGCAGAUCAAGUGGGCAAAUGGUGGGUGGUUGGUUCGGCGUGGAGUGGCAACAUCGAUGAUAUCAACUCGGCGUCGAAGCAAAAGAAGGACGACGGCGUACUUGCUGGACAACGCUUCUCGGAAAAACUGCUAAAGCUGGCGAAACAGCAGAAAAUGAAUACAGAGGAACGGCGAAACAUAUUCUGCAUCAUAAUGGGUGCGGAGGACUAUGUUGACGCUUUCGAGAAAAUAUUGCACUUGGCGUUGAAAGAUCAACGCAGCAUUGCCUAUGUGAUCAUACACUGUUGUUUGAACGAGAAACGCGCUAAUCCGUAUUAUGCUCACCUGGCGCUGAAAUUCUGUCACUACAAUCGCAAAUUCCAACUGGCUUUUCAGUUCGCUACGUGGGAUCGCAUUAACGACAUGGAAACGCUGAACAAGUUACAAGUUAAGAAUUUAGCGAAAUUCCUACAACAUUUGAUAUUAAAUGGCGGUUUACAGUUGUCGGUGCUGAAGGUUGUUAACUUUUUGCAACUGGACAAGAUAAGCUUCAUAUUCAUGAAAGAAAUAAUGAUCGGUUUACUGCUGAGCGAGAACGAUAAUGAAAUCUAUCAGGCAUUCGAACGUGUUGCCAAAAACACAAAGCUCGUACAAUUUAAGAACAGCAUACGCUUGUUCAUACAACACUUCCUGCUGCAAGAGGAGAGCAAACUGAAGCUGAGUGAGGAACAAUUGAGUCAUUUAAAGAAACGUGCAGAUUAUGUUGACAACAUAUUGGCAUAUGUGGACUUGUAAUUUUGUAUAGUUAAUUUUAACGUAAAAUAAAUUUAAGAUUUGUAAGUUACAAAAAAAAAAAUUACAACUAAAACAAAAUAAAAAUUUUGACAAAAACAAACUUUAUAAACUUAAGUCCUUUAAAAUUAUUUA